CAUCCACAGAACCACCCGCAGCAAACUGCAAGGAAGUUUCCUCCUUGUUCAACUUCACGUGGUUGUGGGGGAAAAUGACUUUUCCCUGAGCAUCCCUUCCAGCUGCAUCUGGGGAAGGGAAGAGACAUCAGCCGGACAGAAGCCAGGGUCCCCCACUGCCCACUGUACACUGACUGACUGACUGCACGUGAGUCACCCCGGCUGUGACUUAUUCACUCCCCGGAGCCACGCAGAUCCGCAGCGUGGAUGAAGUCGGCCUGCAAACCACACGGCUCUCCGGCGGGAGCGCGCGGCGCGCCUCCGUGCGCCGGUGCAGCCGAGCGCGCAGCGGUCUCGUGCACGGCGCCCGGGCGGCUGGAGAGCGCGGCGCGCAGGCGCCUGGCGGCCAACGCGCGCGAGCGGCGCCGCAUGCAAGGGCUGAACACCGCGUUCGACCGGCUGCGCCGGGUGGUGCCGCAGUGGGGCCAGGACAAGAAGCUGUCCAAGUACGAGACGCUGCAGAUGGCGCUCAGCUACAUCGUGGCGCUCACGCGCAUCCUGGCCGAGGCCGAGCGGGACUGGGUGGGGUUGCACUGCGAGCAGCGGGGUCGAGACCACCCCUACCUUCCCUUUCCCGGUGCCAGGCUUCAGGCUGAGUCCGAGCCCUAUGGCCAGAGGCUCUUCGGCUUCCAGCCCGAGCCCUUCCCCAUGGCCAGCUAAGCCGCACGGUGUUUAGGGUGGCCUGCGAGUCUUAGGAAGAAAAUCAGUCACCUUUGCGGUUAAUUUCCUUCGCCUUUGAGACCGUAGAUGAAAUAGUUUCGUUGCUCUCCUUCCUUCAUUUUUCUUGUGUUUUCUAGAUUUCAUGAAUGGACAUUGUGAAUGACUUUGGGCUGCUAUGAAAAUAAUGCCCUACCACUUUAAGCUUAGUACCUGGGGCUGGGGUCUAUCUGAGUUGGUAGAAUACUUGUCUAGCCUGUACAAAG